CAUCCUAAACCUGCCGCCUCCUCCAGUGACGCUUGAGCGCGCCGGACGUCGAGUUCUGCGUCUCCGUCCGCUGUGUCCAUGGACAACAUCGGAGGACAAGGUUGAAAGUGGGGAGGGGAGAAGAGGAGAAAUGGCCUCUUCGAUGGUCAGAGCCACAGUUCGGGCUGUGAGCAAAAGGAAGAUUCAAGCUACUAGAGCUGCACUUACAUUGACGCCAUCUGCUGUGCAUAAGAUAAAACAACUGCUUAAAGACAAACCUGACCAUGUAGGAGUUAAAGUUGGCGUCCGUACAAGAGGUUGUAAUGGACUUUCUUAUACACUAGAAUAUUCAAAAUCAAAAGGGGACUCUGAUGAAGAAGUAGUGCAGGAUGGUGUUAGAGUGUUUAUUGAAAAGAAAGCACAACUCACACUUCUAGGAACUGAAAUGGACUAUGUAGAAGACAAACUGUCCAGUGAAUUUGUCUUCAAUAACCCAAACAUCAAAGGAACAUGUGGUUGUGGAGAAAGCUUUAAUAUUUAAAUAUAAGGACUAACUUCAUCACUAUUAACACCACAAAAUUGCUUUCUGAAGUAAUCACUUGGUGUGCGUGUAUUUUCACAUCCUUAGGCUUUGUAAUAUACAGCUGCCUUUCCAGGAAAAUAAAAGUACUGCAUUUUGAAAA